CGUAUUGUUACGAAUGUGCUGUAUGUGAAUGAUUGUAUGUGUAAUGUGAUGAAAUUGUAGCAUGAUGCAAUGUUAGCUCAGCAUGGUGCAACUCUACUUGUUGGGACAAGAGAGACAGGAGGGGGCCCGGGGCCGCCGGGCCGCCGGGCAGGAAGUGCUGAGUCGAGCAGUUGGGGAGCAAGGGUGGCUGAGGAGUUGUAGGGGAGAAGACGCGUGUCUGGGCUUGAGAGUGUGUUGAGCUGCUCCGCUUGCGAGCUGUGUGCGUCCGUGUGUGCGUGUCUGCCGUGCCCCUGUACUGUGCCUGACUAACUGUUCUGUGCCCUUGAAAGUUGCUGUACUGUGUGAGGAACCUGUCAUUAAACUAGAACUUAGUGUUGAACGUGUAUCCUUUGUGCCCUGCCCCGUUCCUGCUCCCCUCGGUGUUCUGUGUGGGCCGCUGUGAGUGACUGGUGCCUGUGUGGCUGUUCUGGUGGGGAUCACGCCGCCUGCCUGCCCGUGGAUGGUGUGUGAGAGGGGGUGGCGUAACAUUUGGUGUCAAAGGAGUGGGAUAAGUGAACAGUGAAGCGCGCCGAGUGUCAUGGCGUCCCCCAGUGAUCGCCGUGAGGGUGAGGAGACGGGCAAGGCCGAGGCUGACCCGGGUGAGGUGAAGCCGGGCCAGAUGGAAUUGUUCGCUGCCAUGCUGGCCAGUAUGAGGCAGGAUUUGGAUCAGAGGGCAGACGAGAGGGCACGCGAGCAGGCUCAGAGGGCAGAACAGAGGGCAGACGAGAGGGCACGCGAGCAGGCUCAGAGGGCAGACGAGAGGGCACGCCAUCUUGCCGAGGUCCUCCAGAGCUGUUUCUCGUCGCUGAAGGUGGAAACCCAGCAGUACGCCGACCAGGGCUGCGACAGCGCGAGGAGUGAACGGCUGGAGGAGGUGCGGACCCAGGAAGGCGAGGUCCGAGGCCUGAGGGAGGUGGAGAGGCAGCUGCGAGAGGUGGCACCGUCGCACGCUGGGGAAGAAGGCUCAGUUCUGGCAGGAAGCGCCGGGGCGGCGGUCCUGCUGGGGCCUAUCAGGGACCCCUGGCAAGGACUCCUGGAGCCUGGUAGCGUCGUGGCGGAACCAGUAGCUGCCGCAGGAGGUUGGGGAGCCCCCGCCUCGUUGCCUCCCUCACCCCCACCCUCUCCUCCAUGCCAGCCGGCUCGCAGGUCACGUAGUCCGCUCUCUCUCCCAUGGCAGCAGCGAGAGGUGGCAACGUGGUGCGGGGAGGAACAAGAAGCGUCACGUGUGCUGGCGGCGGGUGCACGGGUGGCGGACUGGCGGGGCUCCGCGUGGGGCCCCUGGCAAGGGCCCCUGAAGCCUGGUGGCGUCGUGGCGGAGCCGGUGGAGGCUGCAGGAGGCUGGGGAGCCGUCGGAGCCGCUCCCUUGGGUCCAGCUGGUGCUGGAGUCGGACCCAUUAACCCUGCCUCGUUGCCUCUCUCACCGCCUCCCUCUCCGCCAUGCCGGCCGGCUUGCAGCCCACGUGGUCCGCCCGCUCCUCUCUGCGGCCCCUCGGCCUCACCGUGCUCAGGGAGGCUUAAGCCAGCGGAGCACGACGGGAAGUUGGCAUGGGAGGCCCAGUUCAAGAUGCCAGCUGCUGCCCAGAGCUGGGGCGAGGAUGAGAAGGCGCUGCUGCUGACGACAGCGCUACGGGGCCCAGUGGAGGCUCGUAUCGGCGUAGGCAGCGCUGUGGAGCGCCGGCCGAUGGACGUCGCCGAUCGAGACGAGCCGUGCGUGCUGGGCCUCGACUACCUGCCGCAGGGCGAGGCCUGUGCCGACCUUGGACGGGAGCUGGAGAGGCUGCGCGGACAGGCGCCUUUGCUCCCGAAGGUCGGCUGUGCAGAGGUAGUCGCGGCGGAGCGACUGCACCUUGCCCCGGGGACGGAGGCUAGGGUCCUGUGUUGCCGGUCGGACGCGAUGCCAGCGGAAGGCACGGUGGAGUCCACGGAGGGCCUGCAGCUGCCUGAUGGUGUGGCAGCCGGACGGAGUCUCGAAGGAGCGGGGGAGGAGUCAGUCACGGUGCUGGUGGCUAACUCCUCCGACGAGGCUCGGAAAGUACCCGCUGGUGCCAAGCUGGGCACCUGUGAAGAGGGGGAACAAGAGGAAGCGUCGGGGAGCGCGGAGUCGGCCGCUGUGAGGCCGCUGCCCGACUUCCUGGAGGAUUUGGCGCACCGGAGCGCCGCUAACCUGACGGAGGCGCAGACGGAGAAAAUGCGCCACACCCUGGCCCAGUACGCGGACGUGUUUAGCAGGGGUGACUUGGAUCUGGGCUGCACGGGGUUGGUGAAGCACAACAUCAACACGGGAAAUAGUGUGCCCACCAGGAGCCCGCCCCGACGUGUCGUGCCGGCCAGGCGGGAGGAACUGCAGCGCGCCGUCAACGAGCUGGCGGCGCAGGGGGUGAUGGAGCGGACAGACAGUCCGUGGCCCUCAGCAGUCGUCCUGGAUAUGAAGAAGGACGGCACGCAGCGCUUCUGUGAGGACUGCCGGGCGCUGAGGGACGAGACUGGCGAGGACUCUCACCCCCUGCCGUGGACCGACGACGCGCUGACGAGGGCCUUGGAGUUCGGGGCAUUGACGACAAUCAGCGGCCUAGCGGCGGCCGCCCCGCCCUGCCAUGACCUCCGGGGCCGGAUGGCGAAGGUGAAGAUGAAGUCAGCGUCGAUGAAGGCGAGCCCGGAGGGCCUCCGUGGCUCGUACGGGGGCUGUGGCAAGAGGGGGCAUAGGUGCAGUCGGUGCCUGGGGGAGCGAAGGACGCGUUCCCUCGACCGGCUGAGCCCCGACGCCCUCCAGCCGCGCUGUAAGGACUGUGGCCAGUCAGGCCACCGCUUGAGUGCCUGUCCCAGGUCCAGGGACGCGGCGCGGGCGGGAAGCGCGGACGGGCUGGAGAAGGGAGUCUACUUCCAGCCGUCUCCCGCCCUCGGGCCCCGCCUUGAGUAAGCUGCCGCCGCCCGACCAGCGUGUUGCCAGUGGGAGGCUUAGCGGUUGUAGCCACGACGCGUGACAGUGGACACCGGGGGCUGAGGAGUGCUCGGCGCGGCCUGACCCGGGGUAGUGUGUGCUGCUGGAGGGGCCAGUGGAGGCUCGUAUCGGCGUAGGCAGCGCUGUGGAGCGCCGGCCGAUGGACGUCGCCGAUCGAGACGAGCCGUGCUUGCUGGGCCUCGACUACCUGACGCAGGCCAGUAAGGCUCGUGGUGGCCUCGGACGGGAGCUGGAGAGGGUGACCGGAAUGGUGCCCUUUGCUUCCAGGAGGUUUUCGAGCAUGGCUGCUUGGGGAGGUAGUCACGGCUGAGCGAGGGCACCUUGCCCCGAGGGUGGAGGCCAGGAGCCGGUGUCGACUGUCCCGAGCGUCACCUGGAGCGGAUGACGUGGAAGAGCUCACUGAGGACUGGCGGCUGGUCGACGGCGUGGCUGACAGGCGGAGCCCCUUGGGGGCGCGAGAAGAGACUGUGGAGGACGUGGUGGAGGACAGACUGAUUUAUGUGUAUUGCAUGUAUUUUUCUGUGUUCAGUGUUCGGCCGGGAGCUCAGGCUACCGGUGGAUUUGGCCACGGGGCUGCCUCCCGACGUGAGCUUGCCCACCGUCACCUCUGGCUUAGCAGCGGCACUGCAGGAAAGCCUGGCUGAGGUGCACCGACGCGUACGGGGCAAGCUCAAGGUGGCAGGCCAGGCCAUGAAGGAGACAUACGACCGGCGCCAGAGGGACGUGAGCCCCAGCAGCAGCGACGAGGACGUGUCAGAGGUCGACCACGGGGCGAACGAGAACAUGGGCGGUGCGGGCGAAGCGGCAGAUGUCAGUGACGACCCUGAGCAAGGACUUGGGGCCGACGACGCCGCUCUGGGUGCCACCGCCUGCCUGCCGCCGCCCGCAUCCCAGCGGCGCCCUCGGCGAGAGAGGCGUCGGCCGGGUUGGUUAAGAGACUUUAGUGAUGUCCCAGGGGACUGAUUAGUUUGAUUAAUUUCAUGUUUUGUUUGUUGAAUGUUGGGGCAGCCGGGUCGACUGCCUUCUGAAGGGGGAGAUAGUGUUACGAAUGUGCUGUAUGUGAAUGAUUGUAUGUGUAAUGUGAUGAAAUUGUAGCAUGAUGCAAUGUUAGCUCAGCAUGGUGCAACUCUACUUGUUGGGACAAGAGAGACAGGAGGGGGCCCGGGGCCGCCGGGCCGCCGGGCAGGAAGUGCUGAGUCGAGCAGUUGGGGAGCAAGGGUGGCUGAGGAGUUGUAGGGGAGAAGACGCGUGUCUGGGCUUGAGAGUGUGUUGAGCUGCUCCGCUUGCGAGCUGUGUGCGUCCGUGUGUGCGUGUCUGCCGUGCCCCUGUACUGUGCCUGACUAACUGUUCUGUGCCCUUGAAAGUUGCUGUACUGUGUGAGGAACCUGUCAUUAAACUAGAACUUAGUGUUGAA